AUGGUUCAAAAUAAACCAGGUUCACAAAAACUGAGCUAUGCAGAAAUCGUCAAAACUCCUAGGCAUGCGAAUUCAAAUUCGUCCACGAAAUCUGGCACCUCCGGUCCUCUUAAUUUUUCCUCCUCUUGUUUCUCCUUUCCUCCUAGCGUAACCUUACUUCGAACUGAACUUUUUGAAGUUAGAAAAACAUUGAAUAAGGGUUACGGUGCGUUUGCCAUCAGGGAUAUCGAAAUAGGCACGGUGAUUCUCAUCGAAGAACCCUUGUUGAAAGCUGAAAUUAUGACUGUAUACUAUGAGUUUGAAAAGCUUAAUCAUAUGCAGCGGAUUCAAUAUUGUUCACUGGCUGGUCGGACAGGAGAAGGUUCAACAAUUAUUUCAAUAUUUGAAACAAAUCGCUUCCAAAUAACCAAAACUGUUGGCGGAAUUUUUUUCAAAUCUUCUCGUUUCAAUCACGCAUGUCACCCAUUCUCAGUCUGCACGUUUACGUACGAUGAAAAAAAAGACGUACUAGUUACUACAGCAAUCCAAAAAAUUAAAAAGGGGCACGAGAUUACCAUUUCAUAUACAAAUGAUCCAUCAACUCUCCCAGAAUACUAUGGCUUCAGUUGCGAUUGCCUUCGCUGCACUACAGACUAA